GGCGGCGGGAGGAGGAGGAGGAGCAGGAGGAGGAAGUGGUUAGUAGCCCCGAGACUCGACCCGGAGAUGAGGCUGCUGCGACUAUUGCACUUGAGUGGGCGCCAGGCGAUCCUCGGGUCCGCAGAGGCUGCGCUCUGGGGUUUGAAGUCAAUAAAAGGAAGCUGCAACAAUUUUUGCACUGCUAUUUGUAAAGAUGUCACUUAUAUGGAACUUAAAAACCUCUUGAAGUCCAAAAAAAUUAUGUUAAUUGAUGUUAGAGAACCAUGGGAAAUUCUUGAGUAUGGAAAAAUCCCCGGGUCUGUCAAUAUACCAUUGGAUAACGUAGAUGAAGCUCUACAGAUGAACCCAAAAGACUUCAAAGAGAAGUACAAUGAAGUAAAGCCAUCCAAAUCUGACAGUCUAGUGUUUUCUUGUUUAGCCGGAGUGAGAAGCAAGAAGGCUAUGGACACAGCAAUAUCUCUGGGCUUUAACAGUGCUCAACACUAUGCUGGAGGAUGGAAGGAAUGGGCAACCUAUGAAUUUUCGGAGAAGAAACAAGGAAAUUGAAUUUUGGAAUACAAGCUGGCCCUUUCCUUGUGUACGUGCAGCCUAGGAUAGUGGAAUAAGCAAAAGAAUCAAAAUGUAGCCCUGGAACCACUGGUUAAUGGGAAGGGGAUUUUGUGUAAGUCAAUUAUUUGUUGAAUCUUUUUCUCACCUAUAAAUUGGGAAUACCACUUCUCCCUGCCUACUUCCAAAGGCUAAUGAGGCUUGCUGUAAUGUAUGUGACUUGCCAUGGAAACAUAAGGGUUGGGAUUCUAAAAAUUAAUUUUUAAAUAGUUUAGUAUAGUUCAAUAGUAUUCCAAAAGACCUGGUUACUUGUAUUACCUAAUCAUAAUGUGUGACCACUUCUGUUAAUAUAGUGUCUAUACUCUUCAAAGAGGCUAUGAACUAGACCAGUCGAUUAAGACUUCACCUUAAAACACCAAGAAUCUGGGGUGCAGAAAAGUAGGUGAAAUAUCAACAAUGAAAAUACAACAUUAGCAAUAUCCAAAGACUUAUGGCACUGUGACCAGCAUGGUAGUGAUAUAAUUUGCAGUUUAAAAAAGUAAUAUUAUCCAUGGGGAUAGUAAUCAGAACAGUGGUUGCUUCUGUUGAAGGAAGGAAAUUAACAGGAAAAUCAAGGAGGAAAAUUUCUAGGGUGAUGGAAGUGCUCUAUAUCUUGAUUGAGGUGUUGGUACAUAGGUAUAUACAUUUACCAAAACUCAUUGAACACUUUAAAACUAUACAUUACCUGUAAUUACAUCUCAAUUAAAAAUAAUGAAAAUUAAAAAAAGUUUAAAUGCAAAUGACUCCCACUAGCAUAUUUCUUUGGAAUGUUAAGUCCUGCACUUGUUAGUACACUAGUGCACUGGUGAGUGGUAAAACAAAUUUGUGCUUUCUUCCAUCCAUGUCUCUUCAGACCCAUCUGUUUUUACUCUCAUUUAUAUUGUCAUUCAGAACGUGUAAGGUCUGGCAAGUAAACUAUAAGGACUUGGUUUUGUCCUAAAUGACUUAUUAAGCCAUUGGAGAAUCUGUGGUAGGUAUGUGAUAUUAUCACCUUGAACUUCUAUUUCUGAUAUGUCAGUCUAGUUUCUAGCAAACUCCCUACAAGAACUAGAAAAGCUGGAAAAUACACAUAAUACAGACACACACACACACGCUUUUCAAUGUUGGUUCAUCCUCUACAGCUUUCCUUCUCCCAGGAUCGUGACUCUUCAAAUCCUCGCUGCCUUAGUAAUUCUGUCAUGCCUUUAAACAAAUUUUAUUUAUAUAUUUAUAUAAACAAAUAUUACUAGGGCAUAUAAUAUUAAGGAAGUGAGGAUCUGAAGAGCCACAAGCUCACAUAGAAGAAAAGCCAUAGAGAGUGAACCACCAUUGAAGUACUGGGCCCAACCAGGAAUAGGUAAAUACACCAGGGUAUAGAGUCUGGGGAAACACACCAGGCUUUUCCAGAAAGACAAAAAAUAUUCUAAAAGAAAGGAAAUACUAAAGAACACAACAUUAUCUAUGUAUAUGUAAUAUAUACUGAAUAUGAGUUUAACAAAAAUUAUGCAAUUAAAUUGGGAGGAUGAUGGGAGUGUAAGUCCCAGGGUAGAACAAGUUUGGGGGCGGGGAGGGGGUGGGAGCUGGAAGUGGAGAACAGGAGGUGUGUGAGAAAGUAAAAUCUUCAUCUUCCAUAGUAGGAAGUUAAGAGAUAAUAUUUACAAGUGAAAAAAAAAAAUCAAAAGAAAAAAAAAAGGAAACUGGAGGGUAAGCGGAGGAGGAGUAUAGUAAAGUGUUUAAGAGCCUGGGACCUGCAGCCCAGAUGCCCAGGUUUUAAUAAGAUUCUAAUCCAAGCUCUUGUCACUUACUUGACUUGUGACUGGGUAAGUUACUUAACCUUCUGUUCCUGAGUUUCCUCAUCUCUGAAAUGAUUGUUCUGAGAAUUAAAUGACUUCAUAAUGUAGAGAGCUUGGAAUAUACUUGUCACAUAAUAAGUGCUCAAUAAAUGCUAUAAUUAUAAGCUUGUUACUUGGAAGUGUGGAAGUAACACAACAGCAGAGAAAUGACUAAAAAUUGCUCUGGGGAGCAGGAAUAAGAAGCAGGGAAAAUGGGACUGGGACCUAACAUCUUCCUUAUGUCUUAUAGGAACACUGUCCAAAAGAAUUAUGAUGCAAGCCAUUAUGUGAUUUUUAGUUUUCUUACACUUAAGUAAAAUAGGUGAAAUUAAUUUUAAUAGUGUUUUAUUUAGUCCUAUGUAUCUAAAAAAUCAUCAUUUAAAACAUGUAAUCAAUAUAAACAAAUUAGAUAUUUUACAUUCUUUUGUUUUGUUACCAAGUAUUGAAAUCCAAUGUGUGUUUUUACAUUUAUAGCACAUUUCAAUUCAGACUAGCCACAUUUUUAGUGUUCAAUAGCCACAUGUGGCUAGUGGCUAUCUCACUGGACAGUGCAGCCUAUGGUAAUAUUUGAUGUUUAGAAAGAACACACAUCAUCAAUGGCUGCUAAAUCACAGAAAGAGACACCAGCCAUUAUAUGCCUCCUGAUAGGAGAUACUUUAUACAGUAGUCUAUAAUGGAAAAAAAAAAAUUUGAGCCUGAACCUGAUCAAGCUUUUGCAUUCAAUUACCAAUUUAUAGAAAUACAGAGAAGAAAAGAACAUGUUAAGUAGCACCUCAAGGAUACACUCAGCAAAAUACAUACGGUGGGAAAUUCUUAGUGGACAAGCAAACCAAAAUGGGGAAUUUUUUUAAUGAAAUAAAGGAGAAAUCCAUGAAUUUUAAGAUUUAAAGGAUUUAUCAAUGAAUUGCAUGUGUGGUCUUUAUUUAGAUCCUAAGUAGAAUUAUUUAAUAAUAUUUAUGAUAUUAAUGAGAUAACUGAAAAUGUAAACACUGGAUAUUUGAUAUUACAAAAUUAUUUUGACUAACUUUUUUGGGUACAGUCAGACUUCUAUCGGGUUUUUUGGGGGUUUUGUUUUGUUUUGUUUUUUAAAGAGCCAUUAUCUCUUAGGAUUACAUACUGAAAUAAUUAUGGACAAAAUGAUAUCUUGUAUUUGCUUCAAAAUAAUAUGCAUGUUGGAGGAAGUGGUGGGAGUUUAGAUGAAAUUGGCCAUGUGUCGAUAAUUGUUAAAGUUGAGUGAUAGGUAUAUGGAGGUUCAUUACAAUAUUUUAUCUACUCUUGUAUAUGUUGUGUUAAAUUUCCUACUUAAAUAAGAGGUUGAAAAUAAAACUACAAGGCAUAUGUAUUUUCAAAAUAAAAUUUUUUUAGAAAUAUAGGUAAGCUUAGAGGAAAAAUUAGGGUUGAGUCAAUGAUUAUAAUAUAUAAUCACUCUGCCCUUCCAACCCAAGCCCAAUCUUAAUUCCUUCAGACCUGAGGAGAGCUUUUUUUUCUUAUUUCAUAAGCCUAGGAGACCUACUUCUGUCAUUGGUACUGACUUUAUAAUCUCUCUUUCCAGCUUAUGUGAUACUAUCCACAAGGAAGCAGAACUCUAAAAGUCUGGUUACAAACCAUUUGAAAUUAAUUACCCACUUGAUAAACUAUGAAGGCUUUAAUACUUAUCCAAAGGAAGAAAGACUCAGAAGACAACAUAAGGCAGAUUCAAAAAGAUAAAUUCAAGACAUUAGUCAAUAUAGCUGGAGAAUUUACUUUUAUUCUUGCAGUUUUAUACUAGGAAGUCAACAUUUAAUAAUCCAUUGUUCACAAUUGAUUUAUAAAAAAUUUUAAUCCUUAAAUUGUACAUCAAUAUCCUAUGAUUCCAAAUCUUAUUUAUCACUCUCCUUCAAGUCUGAAGAAAAUGAUCACGUAAUUUAUUAACUUCCACAGACAGCACAGUCCCACUGACAUAACAUUUAGUCUGAAGUCCUACACUCAUAUGAGAAUUAAGAAUAGCCAGUAUCAAACUGGCCUGCAACCUGAUUGUGUUCCUGGCUCAGGAUACCUGUAGUAAAUUUGUAAGUCCACACUAAGACACAAAAAUAAACUAGGGUGUGUAUGUCAUAUAAAAAACUUUUCACAGUAGAGUAAAAAUAACAUUAAAAUGUUACCAAAUUUCACUAUUACGGUGUUUUAUCCAAUUAGCUUUCAAAAUGCCUGAUUAACUGAAUUAAAUGCAAAUAACUUUGUAUAGGAUUUUUUUUUUAUGUUUGCCCAGCAUUUCAAAAUGGUUAUGGAAUAUAACUUUUAAAAUGUCAAAAUAUGCUAUACAUAUUGCACUUUUCUGCUAGGCUGGGCUAGUAUCCUCCAUGGCAAGAUACCAAAACUACUGAAUAAAAUACGCUUUAAAAUCAA